UCCUGUGGUUGCCCUGCCCCGCUGCCAGGAAGUUCAGGAACUCGGUCACCGCCCCAGCCCCCCUCGGCCGCAUCCAUUGUUGGGCAAUAGUCUGCUACAUCGAAACAAUCUUAACCGAAACCUUUCAGAUAACCAACGGCUGAACAUCGUUGUAAUCUGCUCUUGUAUCUACUUUUCGAUUUUUUUUCUAGAGGAAAUACCUAGUACAGUUAAGAGCACAAUUAAACUGAGUCACUGAGAGGAGGAAAAGGGAGGAAAACUUUUGAGGCAAGGAACUCCGUAAUUCCAAUUCCUCCAUUUUGAACUUUUAAACUCCAGUUUUGCCAGUGGAUUGUCCUUGAAUUCCAGACACCAUGACAAACAUCAACACAGCCAACAUCAAUACAGCCAACAUCAACUUUAAAUGGGACCCAAAGAGCCUAGAGAUUCGUACUCUGGCAGUGGAGAGGCUGCUGGAGCCCCUGGUCACCCAGGUCACCACUUUAGUAAACUCCAGCAACAAAGGCCCAUCUAACAAGAAGAAAGGACGCUCCAAGAAGGCUCAUGUUUUGGCGGCAUCUGUGGAGAAUGCCACCCAGAACUUCCUGGACAAAGGAGAAAAGAUUGCAAAGGAAAGUCAGUUCCUGAAGGAUGAGCUGACUGCUGCUGUGGAAGAUGUCCGCAAGCAAGGUGAGUCAAUGCGGCAGGCUUCUGGAGAAUUUGCAGAAGACCCUUGCUCAUCUGUAAAGAGGGGCAAUAUGGUUCGUGCUGCCAGAGCCCUCCUGUCGGCAGUCACACAUCUGUUGGUACUGGCAGACAUGUCUGAUGUCUACAAACUUCUACUGCAGCUUAAACUGGUGGAGGAAAAUCUUGUGAAAGUGCGUAAUGCAGGAACAGAUCAGGACCUUGGGAUCCAAUAUAAGGCCUUGAAACCAGAGGUGGACAAGCUGAACAUGAUGGCCGCCAAGAGACAGCAGGAGCUAAAGGAUGUCCACCACAAGGACCAAAUGGCUGCUGCUCGCGGGGUGCUACAAAGGAACAUCCCCAUGCUGUACACAGCAUCUCGUGCCUGCCUCCAGCACCCUGACGUGGCAGCCUACAAGGCAAACCGUGACCUGAUCUACAAGCAGCUGCAGCAUGCAGUCUCCGGCAUCUCCAACGCCGCUCAGGCCACGGCCACUGAGGACUCAGCACUCCAUGCAGCAGGGGGUGGAGAGCUCGCCUAUGCACUCAACAAUUUUGAUAAACAAAUCAUCGUGGACCCCUUGGCGUUCAGUGAGGAGCGCUUCCGUCCCUCCCUGGAGGAGCGCCUUGAGAGCAUUAUCAGUGGUGCUGCCCUCAUGGCCGACUCUUCUUGCACACGUGAUGACCGCAGGGAGCGCAUAGUGGCCGAAUGCAAUUCUGUGCGCCAGGCUCUUCAGGACCUUCUGUCUGAGUAUAUGGGCAAUGCUGGAAGGAAGGACAGGAGCGAUGCUUUGAACACAGCCAUCGACAGGAUGACAAAGAAGACCAGAGACCUUCGCAGACAGCUGCGUAAAGCUGUGAUGGACCAUGUCUCUGACUCUUUCCUGGAGACCAAUGUUCCCCUGCUGGUCCUGAUUGAGGCUGCCAAAAAUGGCAACGAGAAAGAAGUCAAGGAAUAUGCACAGGUGUUCCGGGAGCACGCCAACAAGCUGAUCGAGGUGGCCAACCUGGCAUGCUCCAUCUCCAACAAUGAAGAGGGAGUGAAGCUGGUCCGCAUGGCAGCAUCUCAACUGGAAACUCUUUGCCCACAGGUGAUUAAUGCAGCGUUAGCCCUUGCUGCCAAGCCCAACAGUAAGGUGGCCCAGGACAAUAUGGAUUUGUUCAAGGAGCAGUGGGAGAAGCAAGUCCGUGUCCUCACUGAUGCUGUUGAUGACAUUACAUCCAUUGAUGACUUCCUUUGUGUGUCUGAGAACCACAUCCUGGAGGACGUGAAUAAGUGUGUCAUUGCGCUGCAGGAGAAGGAUGUUGAUGGUUUAGAUCGCACUGCUGGGGCGAUCCGAGGCCGUGCUGCCCGAGUCGUCCAUGUGGUCACUUCUGAAAUGGACAAUUAUGAACCUGGAAUCUACACUGAGAAGGUCUUGGAGGCCACCAAACUCCUCACUAACACAGUCAUGCCACGGUUCACGGAGCAAGUGGAGUCUGCAGUGGAGGCCUUGAGUGCAAACCCCUCACUACCUGUGGAUGAGAAUGAGUUCAUUGACGCGUCCCGUCUGGUUUAUGAUGGCAUUCGCGACAUUCGCAAGGCUGUCCUCAUGAUCAGAACUCCAGAGGAGUUGGACGACUCUGACUUUGAGACUGAAGACUUUGAUGUUCGCAGCAGGACCAGCGUGCAGACAGAGGAUGACCAGCUUAUUGCCGGCCAGAGUGCGCGGGCUAUCAUGGCCCAGUUGCCCCAGGAGCAGAGGGCGAUUAUUGCCGAACAGGUGGCAAGCUUUCAGGAAGAGAAGAGCAAGCUGGAUGCUGAGGUAUCCAAGUGGGAUGACAGCGGCAAUGACAUCAUUGUGUUGGCCAAGCAGAUGUGCAUGAUCAUGAUGGAGAUGACAGACUUCACCAGGGGGAAAGGGCCGCUGAAGAAUACGUCUGAUGUCAUCAGCGCUGCCAAGAAAAUUGCAGAGGCAGGAUCACGAAUGGACAAGCUGGGCCGCACCAUCGCUGACAAUUGCCCCGACUCCACCUGUAAGCAGGAUCUGCUGGCCUACCUGCAGCGUAUCGCCUUGUAUUGCCACCAGCUCAACAUCUGCAGCAAAGUCAAGGCCGAGGUGCAGAACCUGGGAGGAGAGCUGGUUGUCUCUGGGUUGGACAGCGCCAUGUCCCUCAUUCAGGCCGCAAAGAACCUGAUGAACACAGUGGUGUCCACCGUCAAGGCCUCCUACGUUGCAUCUACUAAGUACCAGAAGAACAAAAACAUGGAGGCCCUGAAUAUGCCAGCUAUCUCCUGGAGGAUGAAAGCUCCCGAGAAGAAGCCGCUGGUGAAGAGAGAGAAGCAGGAUGACCAAACCAACAGGGUCAAGAGAUCCUCUCAGAAGAAGCAUAUCAACCCUGUGCAGGCUCUGAGCGAGUUUAAAGCCAUGGAUAGCAUCUAGACUCCCCCUAUUUUGGAUUCAAGAGAACACAAAAUAUUGACCAAUGAGUUUAUAUAUAAAUAGAGCUUGUCAUUCUAUCAAAAAGAAAAGGUUUUAUCCCAUUUGUUCCACCUUUUGAAUAGACGGCCAUUAUAUUCCUACACUGCCUCGUUUCUACUCCAUAACUUGGAAUUUGCUCUAGUCUGUAGCGUUAACUGCCUCUCCUCUGGAAAAUGCAGUUGGAGGGAAAUCAACUGGACAAAUGCAUUGAAAAAUAUAUAUUUCCCUUUUUUUCAUUUGUAUGGGAGGAAGGGUUGUAGGUGUUAUAAGAACUAAUUCCAAGAGGCUUAUGAUUUUUUUGUAUUCUAACCAGUUUUAUAAUAAUACUGUGGGGUCGCUUGUGUUUUCCACUACAAUGUUUGAUUAUGUCAAAAUCCCUGUACUGCAAAUAUCAACUAUGCAAAAUCUGUCUGCCUUAUUUUAACUUGAGCAAUAACUGUAGUUCAUUUGGAUGUGCUGGGCUAACUAGUAAGAUUUUAAAUAUGUUUUAGUUCAGCCUCAAGGAACCAAAGUCAAUGUUUUUCCAUGUUUCUGCCUUUUUCUAACUUUAUACAUACUUUGUUAUGCCACUAUAAACAGUUAAAAUAAGUCUAAACAAAAACAAUAUUUUCUGUGCUGAACAACUAAUGACUUGUACCCCCUUUAACAUUUGGACUGGUAAAUGUCGUUUCUUUAUAAUUUAAACAUCUCGUUGUAUUUUCUGUUUUGUUUUCAUGUUCAUAUCAUGCAGCAAAUCAAAGGCGUAUUCUUCCCAGCCUUCUGUUUUGCUGCAUAACUGCAAACGCUUCCACCCAGUUCAGUCAAACUUUGUAUAGAAGCCUCGCCGCCUCAGAGUCUGGGAGAACCCAGUGGGAUAAACAAUUAGUAGACCCUGUGUCGUAACUUUCCGAAGCCGACAAGCUUCAUUAAUUGUCAAUGAGACCAAACACCUCCACAAUCUAAGAAUGUGUCCAAAUUGAGGGAUCAAUAUGUUUUUCUCUCCACUGCUUAGGGUGUAUAGGGGGAUUUCUUUGACUUUAAACCCUGGUUAUUGCUUAUAUUCCUUGUCCUUAAGCUAAAACACUAAUCAAGAUUUUACGUCGGGCACAAUCUUUAUAGAAAACUAGAAACAAGUUGCCAUGAGUUGGAGCUUUAAAAUGAAACCGGAGAGAGUUUGUUUUCUUUUUAACUUCAGGUAUCAAGUGUGAGUUUUCCAGUCAUACAUAGCGGUGCAUUGUUAUACAGCGAGGCUUUGAAACCCUGCUGCUCUGGUCUUGGGGCUGAAUCUUGUUUUGCUUGUUUGAUAUCUGUGAACUAUAGCACGACGUAUGAUUAUCUGACAGGUGGAUUCUUUUUAUUGUUUACUGUAGACCUAAGCAUUUCGACGGUUUGUCUUUUGCUGUAAUCGUGUUUGGAUUUGAAUCUUGAGUGAUAUCAAACUACUUUUGCUGUGGAUUUUUUGUUAUUAAGAGCUGACUUAUUAGUGCGCAUGUUUCUUAUAUUCAUGUGCCUGCUUUAUAUCUUUAAUAAACAAUUGAAAUGAAA